CUCGGCAAGCAGUUGACCCUGAUCGAACCGCCCAUGACUAAGGGCAUCCGCUUCCUCAUCCUCGACUGCCCCACAGAUUCAACCCUGCCCUUCUACCUCGCGGAAUUGAAGCGACACAAUGUGACUGAUGUCGUUCGCUGCUGUGAGCCAACCUACAGUGCCACCACACUGCAGGCUGAACGCAUCUCGGUCCACGACUGGCCCUUCCGUGAUGGCGCCGUGCCACCAGCCACGAUUAUCAAGAACUGGCUGCAGUUGGUCGACAGCCGCAUCACACAGGUCCCGACAAUUGCAGUCCAUUGCGUUGCAGGACUCGGCCGAGCCCCGAUUCUGGUGGCGAUUGCGAUGGUUGAGCUCGGAAUGGCGAACCUGGACACGAUCGAGUUCAUCCGUCGCCGUCGCCGUGGAUGCUUCAACAGCAACCAGAUCCAGUACAUUGAU